UUUUCGCUCAACAUAAUUCAAAUUCCGAUGGCCAUUUUCGUCUAGAAAACCCCUCGUGCAUAAACAAACAGGAGCUUUAGCGUGAAAGCGAAGUCAAUUGGCAUUCUUGGAAACCUCCGCGGAGUUUCAGUUUUUCUCCAAUUCUGGGUCCGCACAGUUCCUGCAGUUCAAGGGGGUUGUUUUAGAUUGUUUCUCUGCAAUUGGGUGGCGAGAAUGUUGGUGCAGAGGCGGGUGAUGAGCUGGAGGAGGGUGGCGACGUCCCUUCAGGCUCCGGCGGCUCAUGGUUUGCUUUUCACCUUUACGCUCUUGCUCGUUCUCAAGCUAGAUCACGCCGUGUCCUAUUCAUGGUGGAUCAUUUUUGCUCCUCUCUGGCUGUUUCAUGCAGUUGUGGCAAGAGGCAGAUUCUCCUUACCUGCCCCAUCAAUGCCUCAUGAUCGACAUUGGGCACCAUUUCAUGCCGUCACAGCGACGCCGUUGCUUGUUGCUUUUGAACUACUCCUUUGUAUAUAUCUCCAGCACAGUUAUGCUGUAAAUCUGAAGAUCGUUUUUCUGCCCUUGCUGGCAUUAGAAGCAGCUAUUUUAAUUGACAACAUCAGGAUGUGUAAGGCUUUAAUGCCUGGAGAUGAUGAAAGCAUUAGUGAUGAAGCAAUAUGGGAGACCCUUCCUCACUUUUGGGUUGCUAUCUCUAUGGUCUUCUUCAUCGCUGCAACUACAUUCACUCUUCUGAAGCUAUGUGGUGAUGUAGCAGCUCUAGGCUGGUGGGAUUUAUUUAUAAAUUUUGGGAUUGCAGAGUGUUUUGCUUCUAUUGUUUGCACAAGGUGGUACAAUCCAGCAAUUCAUAGGAACUCUCAUAUCAGACAAACUGGUUCAUCUUCAAUGAUUAUUAGAUAUCUUGACUGGAAUAGUGGCUUAGUAGUUUCUUCAGAUGAAGAUCAGCACCAAAGUCGACUAUGUGACCUGCAGGACAUUGGUGGACAUAUUAUGAAAAUUCCUCUUGUUGGCUUCCAGAUCCUGCUUUUUAUGCGCUUGGAGGGAACCCCAUCUAGUGCUAGGCAUAUUCCAAUUCCACUUCUCUUUGCUCCUCUAUUUUUGCUGCAAGGAAUUGGGGUCUUGUUUGCAUUAUAUAGAUUGGUGGAGAAAAUUGUUCUUUUACUACAUAGUGCAGCUGGUACAGAAAGAUACUUUGCAAUAUCUUCCAAAGUUCGCAGUUAUUUUGGUUUCUUGCACCAUGGGUCAAGGUUGCUUGGUUGGUGGUCAAUUGAUGAAGGAAGUCGAGAAGAACAGGCUCGACUUUAUUACGCUGAGGCAUCUGGCUGCUUAGGUUUUGACAGAAUGGGCAUUUUGGUUCUGGUACCGAAUGCUCGCAAUAGAUGAGUAAUGACAAAACAUCACAUUCUCUAAAACUUUUUCAUUUUCUUAAGGGGAAAAAAAAAAUACAACGACUAGGUAUGUAUGGUCUUGUUGACCUAAAGAAUACUAAGAAUGAUGGGUGAAAUGAAUUCUCAAAAGAAAUUACAUUAAAAAAACAUUAAUUCUAUCAAUGAAUGAAAAAAAUAUGGUCUUCACCUAAGCCAUAUUGAAAAGAAUAGGGAAAGUUAUAGUUAACUUAAUUACCUAAGGAUAAAAUAUCAAAAUAAAUAAAAACCUAAUUGGAUAAGAAACCUAAAGCAAUAUAACAAUUAAAAUAAUAAGAAUUUUUUUUUUUUAAAAAAAAAAAAACUAUCUUCAUGCGUUAGAGCACCAUGAAUCCCUAGGUUGCAAAUAAUUGGCCUUCAAAUUUGAUUGGAUAAUAAAAUAAAAUGCUUCAUUAAUAUAUUGUAAGUCCUUUCCUCUAUGGCAUGUGUUUUAAAAUUGUCUCAACUUUCCCAUCAAACAUGAGAUCGUGUUGUAUUUGAUGAAGAACUGUAUAUUUUCCAUGCUUUGUUGUAAUAUUCAUUUAAUUAGUCCAGCAUGACAUAACAAAAUAAUCUAUUAUUAAUUUUCUAAUGACUUAUAAAGGGAGUGAAUUGGAGCAAGUUGAGCCAAAAAUGAUCAUCAUAUUGGUGACCAAUAGAGUAGUCAGAGUAUAAUAUGUUUUUCCUUAGUAGAAAAUCACUUGGUGCAAAUUUUCUUCCAUGGUGAAGGACUAUUUAUAAACAAAUAUGCGGCUUACUCAUAUCAAUCAAACAUUGUACAAUGAUUGGCUCAGAUGUGAUCAGUCAUCAUCAUCGAUUUAUGGUGGAGAAUCCUAAUCUAUGAAACUAUUAGAAUUAUAGUUGCCUUUUGAAAUCUUCAUAGCCUCUGUUGGAGAAUUGGUGCAGAAAUUGUCAGAUUAUAUAGCCUGUAUGGGCUGGGAUUUAAUUUGAAUUUGUUUCUUUUUUUGUACAAUUGGCUUGAUUUAUUUCCUGUAAGUAGGGAUUAAGUUAGUAGCUGAUUUAGUUUCUGUAAUUAGUGGUUGAUUUAGUGGAGUAAUUCCAGGCCUAGAAUAGUAAUUUCCUUUUCUUUUUUCGAUUGUAAACGUUAUAAAUAGGCUAUAAAUAUAUUCAAAGAAUAAACAAGUAUUAUUCAGAAAUCAUUCUCUGUACUCGUGGUAUCAGAGUCUUAAUCUUAAUAAUUUUUUCCCCUUCCAUCUAUCGACUUCAAUUGUCAACAUGAGUCCUAAUUUUUUCCAGCUUUAAUUGUAGGAAUUGUUCACAUAUCCUUUCGACCUUCAUAGUCAGCCUUGAUACAAGGGGUUGGUUCAAAACCCAUUUUUCAGUAUCCAUUUUUUCCUGGCAUUUGUUCUCACUAUUAUAGAUUACACUAAUAUCAUCUUAUCUCCAAUCAGCCCAAGAUGACAGAAAAAUCUGAUGCCUCUUCCACUACUACACAAAUAACCAUAAACACUCAAAAACCCAAUCCUAAUCCUAGGAGAAUUCCAAAGUAUUCCAGCUACAUCUAGAUUGAAUGGAAACAAUUAUUUAUGGUGGUCACAGUUAUUAAAAACAUACCUGAAGAGAAAAAGGAAAUUGAGUCAUUUGCUUGGGUCAGAUUUGAGUAAGGAAGACCCUAAAUCCAAUUCUUAGGAUGAGAAGAAUUCUUAUAUAAUGUCUUGAUUAGGAAACUCAAUGCAACUAAAGAUUAGCAGAACUUAUAUGUCCCUCUCUAUAUCAAGGGUUGGGAAGUCGUCUAUUAGACUUAUUCGAAGGUUAGGGAUGUUGCUCAGAUUUAUGAACUGAGGACUAGAAUUCAUAAUAUCGAACAAUGUAAUCUUUCAAUCCUUGAAUACCACUAUGUUAUACAAGGGUUGUGAUUUGAAUAAGGUCAAUAUCAAAAUUUAAAAAUUUGGAAUGUGGCAAAGAUGUGAUGAUGUAUCAGGUUGAAAGGGAGAAAGAGUUUUUUGAUUUCUUAACUGAAUUUCAUAAUGAUUUUGAUCAGAUUAUAGUCUAAAUUCUAUGUAAGGAGACUAUUCCUUCCUUAAGGGAAGCUUUUGCAAUUGUCAGAAAGGAAGAAGGACGAAUUGGCAUUAUGCUGGAUCAAAACCCUAUGGAUGGUUCAGUAUUAGUCACCGUCCAAUGGAAAACCCUGUUGUUGUCCAAUCGAAUAAGUCUGCAUAUACACCCAUUGAGGCCAGUCACAAACUUGAUAAAGGACCAAAGAGUCCUCCAGUUGAGAAAGAUAAGUAUCAACGCUUGGUAGGUAAGUUAAUUUACCUAUCACAUAGUAGACCUAAUAUAACAUAUACUAUGAGCAUGGUAAGCCAAUUUAUGCACAAUCGUAAGGAGGUACACAUAGAGAUGGUUACUUAGAGAUACUUAAUACCUGAAGUUAACUCUUGGCAAUGGUAUUUUGUUUUAAAAAACUGGGAGUAUGAGGUUUAUACCGAUGUUGAUUAGGUAGGAUCGGUCACUAAGUCAACAUUUGGCUAUUGUACUUUAUUGGAAGGCAAUUUAGUAACUUGGAGGAGUAAGAAAGAGUCCGUGGUUGCCAAGUCAAGUGUCGAAGUAGAAUUUUGAACCUUGUCUCAUGGACUAUGUGUGCUUCUCUGGAUAAAAAUUAUUCAUAGUGAUCUUAGAGUAAGUUGGAAAGGUCAUAUAAAGCUUUACUGUGUUGGCUAUUAGUAUAGCUCACAAUAUAGUUCACUAUGAUUAAACUAUGUUAAAAUUGAUCAUCAUUUCAUCAAGGAGAAAUUGGGUAUAUAUCCCUUAGAAAGACAGUUGACCAACAUAUUGACCAAGGGACUUGCAGUUCAACCAUUACAAUCUAUUGCAAGAAGUUGGCAAUGAAGAACGUUUACUCACCAGCUUGAGGGAAGAGAAUUGGUGCCAUAAUUUCCAGAUUAUACAACCUAUAUAAACUGAGAUUUAAUUUGAAUUUCUUCUCUUUUUUUUUUUUUUUCUGUAUAGUUGACUUGAUUUGUUUCCUGUACUUAGGGCUUGACUUAGUAGCUGAUUUAUUUUUUUAUAAUUAGUGGUUGAUUUAGUGGAAUAAUUCUAGGCCUAGAAUAGAGUAAUUUCCUUUUCUUUUUUCGUCUGCAAACAUUAUAAAUAUGCUGUAAAUAUAUUCAAAGAAUAUACAAGUAUUAUUUAGAAAUCAUUCUCUGUUUUCAGCCUCCAAUAACUCAUGACCUUCAAGGUUUGAGCUUUCAUACCACUUGACGCAGCAUAUGUUUUGGUUCUAAUAUCACUUUUGCAUUCA